AUGACCGCUGAAGAAACGCCGAAGGUUGAGAAUUGUGACAUUGGACUGAAACAGUCCGUUAUCGGAAAUUCGACUGUCGCAUCGUCAACAAGUGGUGUCACUGAUCACCUAGAAGAGAAUACUGGUUACGUCAAGCCCAACUCGGGUCCGACAGUAGCUGAAAAUCCACGCCACAUGAGUCUGGGUUCUAGUUUUCCAACCAUUGUCUACCAGUUGCGGUCCUUGCAGUUGAUUGCCUUGCUUGUACAGUUGAACACAUUCUCGAAUUUGCAGAUAUGUGUUUUAUACAUGGAAUCGGAUAGAAUGGGACUCAGCGCCGCUGUCCCUCUCGGAAUUCAUCUUUUAAAUUUUUAUCAUACAGGCAGACGGCUGUAUCUGAACAUUGACGGCCGUUUUGAUUUGCAGCAGAUAUACACAGUUGCCGAUCCUAUGCUGAAAGCCAGAUAUGCUUAUGCAGUUUUCGGCAGCUUGUUCUACUCACUUCUGGGAUUUUUCGUUAUUGGGACUAUACCAUCAACGGUCAGUUCGGUGCUUUACACGGUUUCGAAGUUUGCUGUAGUCCUUGCCAGUUUCCUUGUCGUUCUCGCUGAGGUUUAUGAGGUUGUUAUGAUGAAGCUGGGACAGAGGACGAAGCCUUCAUCUAAGCAAUUUUAA